AUGAGGCCGCCAAAUCAAUUGCCCCUGCGACUACUACCGCGGGCCAUCAAGGGGACGCCGACUGUGCGCCCAUUCCAUGGCACCGUCGCAAAGGCCGCCAAUGUCGCACCGAUUGUCGGAACUGGCCCGCCGCCGGAGCCGCCGACUCCCGCGGCUCGAAACAUCAACGAGCGAGUCGAGCGCCGCAAGAAGCAGGCGGAGAUGCUCAAAGCCGCCAAGGUCAUUCGAAAUGCCAAGGACGGGAAGCAGACAACCCUGCGGAAGAGAUUUUGGAAGGAUGUUAGCAUCCAGGAGGUAGACGGUUCGCUGCAAAUUUUCUUAGACUCGCGGCCAUUGCGGCAUCCUCAAACAAAAGAGAUCAUCCGAUUGCCCACCUCGAAACCGAACCUGGCCGCCGCCAUCGCGCUCGAGUGGGACGUCUUGACCUCGGCCCAGCAAGCGACGAAACAACAUUUGAUACCCCUUACAAGCCUCGUCUGCCGAGCGGUCGACAUCGCCGAGGAUGAUGCCUCCAGCCCGUCAGGCACCGCCAAGACCCGGAAAGAAAUCGCCACUACGGUGAUGCGAUACCUCGACACCGACUCACUGCUGUGCUGGGCUCCGCCAGCCGGCGACUAUGACCUCCGCAACGACGCUGGCGAAUCGCUGCGAGAUGUACAAAAGCAGGUUGCGGAAGAAACAGUCUCCUUCCUGACGACGCAUGUCUGGCCUGGCAUCACCAUCGAGCCUGUUCUAGACGGACACGAGAUCCUCCCGCGAAAGCAGCCCGAGGGCGUGCGAGAGGUGGUGCAGGGCUGGGUCGAGGGUCUCAGCCCGUGGGAGAUUGCCGGACUGGAGCGGGCGACGUUCGCGGGUAAGAGCCUCGUUGCUGCAGCUCGCUUCAUCUCGGCGUGGAGCGAAGGCCCUAUCGGCAAGCGCGAGCUCAACGCGGACUACAAGUUUGGGAUCGAGGAAGCCGCCAAGGCUGUGAGCCUUGAGGUGGAUUGGCAAGCAACGCAGUGGGGUGAGGUGGAGGACACCCACGACGUGAACAAGGAGGACGUCCGGAGGCAGCUGGGUAGCGUUGUGUUGCUGGUGUCGGGAACGGGCAACUCUGCAUAG